CCGCCCUCCCUCUCUCUCCCUUUUCUGUCAGCCUCACAGAAACCACAGACUUCUAACAUAAAAAGCAAGUCGUUAGGGUCUGCAGGGUGUGGUGAAUGGUAGCUUCACUGUCAAGGAAGAGCAGGCUGCAAGAGAGUGAAGAUGUACGGAGGCCCCAGUGCAAAGGAUUUGCGAUUCCCCCAAUCUGUUUCAGACCCUGGGUUGCAUGUUUUUCGCAUUGAAAAGAUGAAGCUAAUCCUUGUCCCCAGCGAGAGCCAUGGGGUAUUCCACUCUGGAGACACCUACCUCCUUAUCCUGAAUGCACCUGAGGGCCACAGCAUCUUUGUCUGGAAUGGGAAUGGAACCUCUGUGGAUGAGAGGGCUGCCGGAGCCAUUUACAGUUCCCAGCUACAUAUGCACAUGGGUGAAAAACCCACUCAGAACCGUGAGACACAAGGACAUGAGAGUGCGGAGUUCAUGGCUUUAUUUCCCCGGGGAGUUACUUAUUUGGAAGGAGGUGUCUCCUCAGGCUUUCAACAGGCAGAAAAGGAGCCAGUGGCUCCUGCCCACCAUCUAUACCAUGUGAGGGGACGGAAACAAAUCCGGGCGGUUGAGGCCGACUUGUCUUGGGCAAGCUUCAAUAAUGGGGACUGCUUCAUCUUGGACACAGGAAAGUUUAUCUAUAUCUGGUCGGGGUGUAACGCAAACAUGAUGGAGAGGAAUCGUGCACGGGAUCUGGCCAAUCAGAUACGAGACAGUGAACGGCGUGGAGCUGCAAAGGUUGAAAUUAUACAAGAGGGGGAGGAGCCAGAGGAAAUGAUUGAGAUUCUGGGGAAGAGGCCAGAGACUCUAAGAGAAGGCUGUGCGGAGGAUGACAUGGAAGCAGAUAAAAUACAUACAAGGGGAGCUGUCCUCUAUCAGGUGUCAAACGCUAGCGGGCAGAUGCAAGUGUCUCGUGUCGGGGAAGGAGGAAUCUACCGUAAGGAGCAAUUGCUAUCAGAUGACUGCUUCAUCCUGGACACUGAUAGGAAGAUAUAUGUUUGGAAAGGUAAAAAAGCAAAUAAAGAAGAGCGGGAGCGAUCACUGGAGACUGCCAAUGAGUUCCUGACAAUUAUGCACUAUUCUCUUAAAACUCAGGUCCAGGUAGUAUCUGAGGGAAAUGAGUCUCCUCUCUUCAAACAGUUCUUCAGCAACUGGGUCUGAGUACCAUGGUCCAACUGCAGACAUUCCCACGUGACCCUUCUCCCUCUGAUACAGCAAUGGUCUCCAGCCCUCCAAAAGCACUAGUACAGAUUUUUGUAUCUCACAUGGCCCCUGCUAAGCCUGUAGGAGCUGGCAGAUCACAGCUGUUUCCACUUGCAGGAAAGGGCCCAGCCUGACAGACGACCUGCUUAUUCUGUCACAUUAAAUAUACAUUGCAACUUGCAUAUAAA